AUGUCAAAGCCGAUCAAGAUUGGAGUUUUCAUCCCAAAUGGCAGCCAGACACUUGACCUGGCGACCGUGGACAUUCUUGGAGUCAUGUCCAAGGAGUACAUCAGUGUCUUGCCCAUGCCCUCCCACCUGAGGGAUGCGGCGCCCAGCGUGACGGUCUACUACAUCACCUCACCUAGCAUAUAUCCGGAUGUCCCUCUCACCUCCAAUGCUGUCCUCAAAGCGUCGCACACGCACCGGGAUGCUGAUGUAGCACCGGGGAAAUUGGACAUUGUGGUUGUGCCCGGCCCCGAUCCAUCGAGCACAUAUGAGAAGGAGGGGCUGGAAUGGCUACGCAAACAGGCGGAGACUCCAGGCGUCGACAUCCUGAGCGUCUGCACAGGCAUACUCGUUUGCGCAUCUGCGGGGAUCGUGGAUGGGAAGCUUGCCAGUGGGCCGAGGGGUAUGCAGGGCGACCUCGUGAAGAAGUUUCCCAAGAUCAAGCUAGUGGGGGACAGCCAGCGGUGGGUACAGGAUGGCAACUUCUGGUCGAGUGGCGGUGUGACCAAUGGCAAUGACUUGAUGGCAGCGUACGCUCGUGCCUCAGGACGCUGGCCGGCUUCGAUUGUUGAUACGGGAUUGAUGCUCACUGAUGUGGAGCCUCGGCCGCAGUUUUAUGAGAUUGGCCAGAGCCGCUUCUUUUUGAACGCCGCGUGGAUGAUUGUCAGGGCGUGGUUUGCAAGUUUUGGGUCUGCGACGAAGCAGAAGCCCGCAUAA